AUGCCUCGCAACGCCCGCCGCCCUGCUGCUUCUACCGCCUCGCAAUUGUGUAAAAAGAACCCUACCCUACACCUCAGUCUCCCCAAACUACCUGAGCCCAUGCUAGUGCCGGAUAAUGAGAUGGAGGAGGUGGAGGAGGUGGAUGAGAAUGAUAUUGAGACUCAGUCAGAAGAUUCUCAAUAUCCACUGCUUAUCUCUGAAUAA